GUCACCCGCCACGACAUACAUUUUCGACGAUGGCUUCAACCGUUAUUGGCGGCGGCGCGAUCGCGUCCAAGAAGCGGCAAUGGGAAGCUCAGCAGUCCAUGAAGGAGGUACGGGAGUCGUUGCCGAUCUACUCGUGGAAGAAGAACAUCCUCGACAGUCUUCGGACGCAUCGCGUGCUCAUCCUCGUGGGGGAAACCGGGUCCGGCAAGACGACGCAGCUGCCGCAGUACAUCCUCGAGAGUCACAUGACAGCACCGCACAAGCGCAUUGCUGUGACCCAGCCUCGUCGCGUGGCCGCCAUCACCGUGGCGCAGCGGGUGGCAGCCGAAAUGAACACAACGAUCCCGAAUGGCCCCGUGGGGUACUGCGUUCGGUUCGACGACACGACGUCGCCUGCCACGAGACUCAAGUUUAUGACAGACGGCAUGCUCGUGCGAGAAGCGCUGCUCUUCCCCGAUCUGGCCAACUACUCGGUGAUCGUCCUUGACGAAGCCCACGAGCGGUCGUUGCAGACGGACAUUUUGUUUGGCAUUGUUAAGCGCGCCUUGGCUAGUCGUGGGGCCAAGAACGACCUGCGGGUCGUGGUCAUGUCGGCUACGUUGGACGUCGAGUUGUUCCACAACUUCUUUGCCGACAGUAAUCCAGCGGUCCUCCGCAUUCCAGGGCGGACACAUCCAGUGGACAUCUUCUACACGAUCAAGCCAUUGCCAGACUACUUGGACGCGGUCCUGAUCACGACGUUGCAAAUCCACCUGGACGAGAAGGACAUCGCGGGGUCCAUCCUUGUGUUUCUCACUGGCCAAGAAGACAUUGAAACGAUGGAAACGUUACUCAAUGACUAUGCCACCCGCCUGCCGCCGCAUGUGCCCAAGCUGUGGGUGUGUCCAAUCUUCGCCGCGAUGCCGCGGGAGACGCAGAUGCUUGCGUUUGAGCCUGCCCCACCCCAUGUGCGCAAAGUCAUUUUGGCCACCAAUAUCGCCGAAACGUCCAUUACAAUCAACGGCGUCCGGUUCGUUAUCGACACGGGACUGGUCAAGCAGCGGUCGUUCGUCGGGCACAUGGAGACGCUGCAGAUUGAACCGAUUUCCCAGGCCCAAGCGUGGCAGCGCAGCGGGCGGGCGGGGCGCGAGGCCCCUGGCGUGUGCUACCGCCUCUUCCCUGAAGCCAAGUUUGAAGAGUUGGCGGCGCGCGCUAUUCCUGAAAUCAAACGGGUGAGCUUGGAGAUGGUUGUGCUGCAACUCAAGUGCAUGGGCAUCGACGACGUGCUGUCGUUUGAGUUUAUCGAGCGCCCCAACGUCAAGCACAUGCUGCACGCCUUAGAAAAGCUGUACGCGCUCGGCGCGUUUACAACCACGGGGGCUCUGACGGAAUUGGGUCGAAACAUGGCGAGCUUACCUGUCGACCCCAUGGCCUCCAUCAUGCUUUUGAAAGCCGUCGACUUGGACUGUGUCGGGGAUGCUGUCUCGAUCGUAGCCAUGCUCGCGGUCGAGUCCAUAUUUUACUCGCCCCGGGAUAACAAGGAGAAAGCAGCCGCAACUCGCGCGCCAUUUGUCUCAUCCGACGGCGACCAGCUCAUGCUGCUCAACGUGUACAACGCGUACGCAACAUGCAGCCCCAAGCAGCGCUUCAAGUGGGCCAAGGAUCACUUCAUCAACCUCCGUGCCAUGCAGCGCGUCGACAGCGUCCGUGACCAGCUCGUGCGCUACCUCCGCCAAGCUAAGCCGGACGCGGACAUGGCGUCGUCGGCACUCCCCGACACGAUUCCCGUGCGGCGGGCGAUGGUCGCCGGCUUCUUUCUCAACUCGGCCACCCGCCAAAAGUCGGCGCUGAAUGGGACCCAGGCGUACCACACCAUGUGCCUGCCCAAGAAGGAAGAGGUCAAGGUGCAUCCAUCGAGCGUGAUGUUUAUGCGGAAUCCCGCGCCCCGGUACGUGCUGUUCAACGAGCUUGUGUUUACAAGCAAGCAGUACAUUCGAGGCGUGGUGCCGAUCGAAAAGGAAUGGCUGGUGGACGCCGCCCCCAAGUUUUUCACCAAGGUUGGCGGCCACGUGAAUUAGUACGCUCGUACUACUAAACCUCAGACGAAUGUACUAGUAGUACGAUGUGGUCAUACACGUCUACGAGU